UUCGGCGCUUCCGGGGCGGGGCGCGCGGCGCCGUGGCGGCAGGAGCCGCUGCCGGAGGUUUGUGAGUGUGACCGGCCAUGGGGGAGGCCGGGCCGGGGCACAAGGACGCGCCGGAUCCCGAGGAGGAUGAAGCGGCGGCGGUCGGAGCGCGGGGCGGCCGGGCCGGGCCUCGCGGCGUCGUCCGGGUGCUGAAGAGAAACGUGAAGCGCAACGGGAGCAGGAGCUGCUUGAACAGGAGCCGGUUCAGCUCCCGCGAGCGGGACUGGCUGAGAGAGGAUGUCGGCCGGGGCUGCGUGUACGUCUAUGGAGGAGAUUCUGCAGCUUCGUCUGACCUGCGCCUGGUGCUCUGUACGGUGGAUACCCCGGCAGCUGAGAUCUGUGACGGGGAAGAGAGGAAAAACCUCUUCGUGCAGCUCCACGGAGACCUGGUCAGGAGGCUGGAACCCACUGAAAAGCCCCUUCAGAUUGUGUAUGACUACUUGGCUGGGUUGGGUUUUGAUGACCCUGUCAGAGUGCAGGAGGAGGCAGCAAACUCUGACCUCAGCUGUAUGAUUCGCUUUUACAGCGAAAAGCCCUGUCAGAUGGAACAGUUAGAUCGCAUCCUGCUCUCUGGAAUCUAUAAUGUGCGCAAGGGGAAGACUCAGUUGCACAAAUGGGCGGAACGCUUAGUGAUUCUCUGUGGCACCUGUCUCAUCGUGUCCUCUGUUAAAGACAGCCACACAGGGAAGAUGCACAUCUUGCCUCUUGUCGGAGGGAAGGUUGAAGAAAUGAAACGUCGGCAGUACACUCUUGCUUUCACAUCUGCUGGAGCACAAGCCCAGACAUACCAUGUCUCCUUUGAAACACUGGCAGAGUGUCAGCGGUGGCACCGACAGGCAUCCACGGUUGUGUCUAUGCGACUUAGCAUGGUUGAUCUUUCAUGCUACAGCCUUGAGGAAGUACCCGAGCAUCUCUUCUACAGUCAAGACAUCACCUACCUCAACCUACGACACAAUUUUAUGAGAUCAAGCAGAGCAGGGAGUCUUGACUCUCUUUGCAGGUUUUCUCAGUUGAAGAGCUUGAAUCUGUCUCAUAACAGACUGGGGGAGUUUCCUGUAUCGCUGUGUGAGAUCUCUACUCUGACCGAACUCAAUAUGUCCUGUAAUGGACUUCAUCACUUGCCAAGUCAGAUCAGCAAGCUGCUGAAUCUACAGAGCUUCUGGCUUGAUGGGAAUUUCCUCACAUCCUUACCAGAAGAGCUUGGAAGUCUGCAGCAGCUCAGCUGUCUUGGGCUUUCCUUCAAUAACUUCUGUGAGCUACCAGCAAUUUGUGAGAAACUCACUGUUUUAGACAAAAUAGCCAUGGCAGGGAACUUGCUAGAGAACCUGGACCUUAAAGUGCUGAACCGUAUGAGUCACAUCAAAAGUGUGGACCUGAGGCUGAACAACCUGAAGAGAGCAGCAGCUGACACGCUGGAGGGGAAUAAAUCUGUGACUUACAUGGAUUUGCGAGAUAAUCAGCUGACAGAUCUGGAUCUGAGCUCAUUGGGCUGCCUGGAGCAGCUGCACUGUGAGCGGAAUAAGCUGAAAGAGUUGACACUGAGUGGCUUCUCCCUUCGGGCUCUGUAUGCCAGCAACAACUGUCUCACAUCUGUCAGUGUUUACCCGGUUCCUGGUCAACUGACAUGUCUAGAACUUUCCCACAAUGAGCUACAGUGUGUCCCAGAUUGGGCCUGUGAAGCAAAGAAACUGGAAAUUCUGGACAUGAGCUACAACGUCCUUGUGGAACUCCCAUCAAGGAUCCUCAGCAGCUUGAGCCUUCGGAAACUGAUAGUGGGGUACAAUAAUCUUCAGAGCCUUCCACCUCUUCAAGAGCACAUUCCAAUGGAAGUGCUGGACCUUCAGCACAACCUAUUGACUAAACUCCCUGAGACGCUCUUUGUCAAGGCCCUGAACCUCAGGUAUCUGAAUGCUUCUGCGAAUAGCCUGGAGUCCUUGCCCUCUGCAUGUACAGGGGAGGAGAGUCUGAGCAUGCUGCAGCUGCUUUACUUGACCAAUAACAACCUCACAGAUCAAUGCAUCCCUGUCUUGGUGGGACAUCCGAACCUACGGAUCCUGCAUCUGGCAAACAACAACCUUCAGGCUUUCCCUGCAAGCAAACUCAGUAAGCUGGAACACUUGGAAGAGCUGAAUCUGAGUGGCAACAAACUGAAAACAAUUCCCACAACUGUGGCAAACUGCAAGUUACUUCAUACACUUAUUGCUCACUCUAAUGACAUCAGCAUCUUUCCAGAGAUCCUGCAUUUGCCUCGUAUACAGAUAGUGGACUUGAGUUGCAAUGAAUUAAAUGAAAUCCUAAUCCCUGAGGCACUGCCAGCUGCUUUGCAAGAGCUGGACCUGACUGGAAACACAAAGCUGGUGCUAGAACACAAGACACUGGAUAUCUUCAGUCACAUUACCACGCUGAAGAUUGAUUCUAAGCCCUCCCUCCCAACAGACUCAGCACUCACUUCUACUUUUUGGAGUCAUGGAGUAGCUGAGAUGGCUGGGCAAAGAAACAAGCUGUGUGUGUCGUCCCUGGCACUGGGGAGCUUUGCGGAAGGGAUGGAGGCUGUGUAUGGCAUGUUUGAUGGUGACAAGAACGAGGAGCUGCCACGUCUGCUGCAGUGCACCAUGGCUGAUGUGCUCCUGGAGGAGGUACAGAAGUCGGACACAAUGUUCAUGUCCAACACCUUCUUGGUAUCCCACAGGAAGCUGGGUAUGGCUGGGCAAAAGCUGGGUUCCUCUGCUGUCCUUUGCUAUAUUCAUCACGAUAUGGCUGAUUCAGCGAGCACCUUUUCUCUGACUGUGGCCAAUGUGGGAACGUGCCAAGCUGUUCUGUGCCGAAGUGGAAAACCACUGCUCCUCUCCAAAGUCUUCAGUCUUGAGCAGUGUACCGAAGAGGCCAAGAGAAUCAAGGAACAAAAAGCAAUUAUAACAGAGGACAACAAGGUAAAUGGUGUGACUUGCUGUACUCGGAUGCUGGGCUGCACAUACUUGCACCCUUGGAUCCUGCCCAAGCCACAUGUCAGUUCCAUUCCACUGACUGUACAGGAUGAGCUGCUGCUUCUAGGGAACAAAGCACUGUGGGAACACCUUUCUUACACGGAGGCUGUCUCAGCUGUGCGCCAUCUACAUGACCCUCUAGCUGCUGCAAAGAAACUCUGCACAUUAGCCCAAAGCUACGGUUGCCAGGACAAUGUAGGUGCAAUGGUGGUGUAUCUGAACAUCAGUGAGGACAACUGCACAUGUGAGAUGCAUGGCCUCUCUUUACCAGGCCCUGGGGGAUUUAGCUCCACCACUGCCAAGACAGCGACACCUUCCUCUAGCAGUGGAAUUGCUUCAGAGUUUGGUAGUGAACUGUCUGCCUCUGAGGUCAGCAGUGAGGUGGGCUCUACUGCUUCAGAUGAACACAAUGCUGUGGGUCUCGAUGGCAGUUUGCUGCCACGACAAGAGCGACGUUGCAGCCUACAUCCUCUGCUCCCCUCAAGCAUCUUUCAGCGCCAACCUUCCAGUGCCACCUUUUCCAGUAACCAGUCUGACAAUGGCCUGGAUAGUGAUGAUGAACAGCCUGUGGAAGGUGUGAUGACAAAUGGCAGUAAAGUGGAGGUAGAGGUGGACAUCCACUGCAGUAAAGGAAGGGGUCUGGAGUUUGAUCCUCCUGCUUUAGAAUACAGCUCCUCUGCUCCAGGGGUAGAGGAUGACUCUGGACUUGUCCUCGUCAUUCAGAGGCAGAACAGCAUAAACAGCACAGUUGCACAUGGAGGGGUUAAGGAAAAGUGUGAACUGCAGAAAUCUCCUUCCACAUGCUGUCUCUAUGGAAAAAAGCUUUCCAAUGGCUCCAUAGUGCCGUUGGAGGAGAGCCUUAACCUCAUUGAAGUAGCCACAGAGGCACCCAAGAAGAAGACAGGUUAUUUUGCUGCUCCAUCCCAGAUGGAGCCAGAGGAUCAAUUUGUGAUGCCACCUGAUCUGGAGGAGGAAGUGAAGGAACAAAUGAAACAGCAACAAGAGAAUGGAGCAGAUCAGGAGCAGAAAGAAGAGCCUGCAGGGGGUCUGGCAGAGGAGUUUGACACAGCUUUGUAAUCCUACAAGUACUACUCUCACUUAGUCUGUCCCAGGAAGCUCUAUCCUGUAAGGGCUGUCGUGCCCCCAAAGGGAGCUGGGCUCUUCAAGGCAUACAGGCAUCUGCUGCUUCCUCAAUGGAGUGGAGAAAAAAAUGAGAGUGCUACAGUCUGGGCUGUCUACUUUUUGCUGUAGUCUGUUCUAUGAGCGCCCAGAUCAGCUGUGUUCUGUUUGAAACUGUCUGGAAAUUAUGCAAGCACUAGAAAGAAGGUGGGUGUUCCAGUGCCUCCCUCUUAUUCCUUAAAGCCUAAGGUUCUGCCAGCUCUGCAGAAAAGGGGCUGGUAUAUUGUGGGGGAGGAAAAGGGAAGGCAGAGGGGCCGAUAUGCAGUGUUUGGAGUCUGAAUAUUUUUGACACAGGCCCUCCUGGCAGUGCCUGACUUCAUUGUUCCUUGAAAGAAUACAGCAAGUUGGAAUGAAGCUGACCCAAGAAUGGUUUCCUACAUGAAUUGCAAGCACUUUUAUUGAUUGCACUUAAGCUGUUCUCUUCCCCUUCAGCACAGCACUUUAUUACUUAGGGCCAGGGGAGAGAGCACUUCAGUCCCCUGUCCACAACAGGGGCAGCUGAUUUUCCCAGUAGGUAUUAUUAGGUCUUUUGAGGAUUCAGGGUACAGAUGUUCUGAUGAGCACUUGUGCAGGGUAGAGUGAGAACUAUAAUGGGAUCAGCCUAUGCAGAAUGAGAAAACUCAGCUGGGUUAUAAGUGUGUGUCUACUGCUGCAUUUUACGCAGAGCAUGGGAAGGAUCAGCUCUGGACUGAGUGACUGAGUAACAUGUCGAGCUCGUGCUUCUAGCUGCAGAGCACAGACCCAGCUCAGCAGCUUGUCCACCUUCAUCACAUGUGUCUCUUAGCAGAGCCUUCCUGUUUCCAGAAGACAUGACAUGAAACCACGAGCUGCUGCUGGUUUCAGUCAAAGAGGAAAUUGAGGCAUAAGUGGUGUAUUGCUCUAAGGCUGGCAAGCAGUUGGGCUGCUCUCUGUGUGCUGAGGAAGUUUUUGGUACUCUUUUCCACCAACAUUAACUGCAUUGUCAGCCACAACGUCUUUGCUUGCAUGUGAAAGUAGGAAUCAUAGUCCAAACCCAGAGCAACCUGUGUUUUGUGAUGUGUGCCCAAUUUGGCCACCAACAAGGUGAAAGAAUCUUUGUUUCUACUUAGUUUUCAGUGGGAAAGGAGGGGGAAAGAAAGGGCGGGGGGGGGGGGGAAAGCACAGCAACUUUUCACCUUAAAAACAUCUUUAUCAGCACUGGGAAAGAGAUAUUUAAAACAGUCCGACUAAUGGUGAAAUGCCCAGCCUGCAGCUGUCGCGUGGUUUCAUUAAGGUUUUUGGUGCAAGGGGUAAAUGGAUUCUCUGUGUAACCAUCCUGUGGAAGCAUUGUGAAAAGUCCCUGGCCCCCAAAGCGUGCAGGUGUCUUCCCUGUCUGGCAGGGGGCUGGUGAGCAGCUGCCCCUGUCACAGCGGUGGUGCAAUAAUCUGGACUGUAAUGUGGGCUAGUGCCUUUUUUUUCCUUUAUUAAUUAUAUUUAUGAAGAAAAUGUGAAAGUUUCUUCUCAAGAUUUGUGAGGAGCUUGAAUUGUGUAUUUUUGGAUGAAGUUCAGGCCUUGAACUGAAGGGAUGCUGUGUAGGCGAGCUGUGGGAUUCCAACAAUACAGAUCUUUUGACAAAAUCUGCAGGAGUUCUGCUUUUACUUACGAGCUCCUUGAGUUUCUCACUGGGGAAAAAGGGCGUAUUUUUACCAUACCUGAGAGCAGCCUUUUGGGAUAUACCUUGUACUAGUUGUGGUGUAAUCAUGAAACAACCCAUCUUUUGUCCAAACUCAUGAUUUGGCCGUGUUUGUCUGUUUUACUUGGAGAGAAAUGCUCACUCUUAGGAUCAUGGAAACAGCAUUUUAAAUUCCUCAGGCAGAGAAACAGCAGCAGCAAAGUUUCAGAGAAUAAAACUCAGCUCUCUUUCAGGUUCUCCAUAUUAAGCAUGCAGAACUGGCUCACCUCGGUGUAUGUGAGAGUAACCUUCAGUUCAUUUGCUGGCAAUAAUGUCACCAAGUAUCUGUGUUCCAGCCAUCAGUGUCUGCUACCUGCUCUGUUCAGUGUGGGAUUGAUGCAGGAAUGUACACUUCUUUCUGAAUAAGAUUGUGGUGAAUCUUGCACUAGGAGAAUGGUAGAUGUCAGUGCAAAUCGGGACUCUUUCUUGCACUGAUGUGGAAAGUCCAGUGUGCCCUUGCUAGCCUGAGCCAUUAGUGUUGUGUGAAACACAUGGGGAGUUUGUCAUUAUUGCCCAUGUCUAGUUCAGUAGGAAGGACAGGAUUAAGUGAAGCUCCAGAAGGGAGAAUGCAGGCUUCUGAUCUGCUCCUCCAAAUGGAAUGCACUGAACCACUACUCAGCCUUUUCUCCAGCUGUUUCUGGUUCUGAGGCAGAAAGGGAGUACGUUUCCUACGGGUGGCAGAAUAUGGUUUGUUCUGUAAAAUUGUGGAGUCCACCGCUGCUUCCAAUUAGAUCGAUACUGUGAACUGCUGCUCUUACUCUGAGUAGCACCUGCUUUUGUUUUUUGGCCUCUCUGAAGACAGCAAAUUUGCUUUGUCUUCCUCAUGAUCCUUAUUAACACUGGACUUACACCUCAGACUUCUGAUUGGUGUUGCUGUAGAUGGAACAUGUGGAUGGGAAAGUCUAGCGGGGACCUCAUAGCAGAGGACAGAAGGUGUGUUCCCUCUCAGUUCUCCUGUUCUCUUCUGCUCUCUCCCUUGAAUUCUGUGUGCCUCUUGCAGAUGGCAUCAUUUCCAUAGAGCCACAUCACUAAGAAUGUCCCAGUCCCUUAUACUGUUGGAGGUUCUCAGCGCUGGGUUCACGGAGCUGUCUGACUGCUGCCAGCGCUGCCGUGCUCCAGGUGGCCACAACGAGGUCAGUCUGGGGAAUUUGUUUGUCCCUUCAAUAGUUCCGGCCCUAUUGCCAGGAAUACUCACUGAAAACAGGCACACUGGGAGGCACUGACCUGCCUGCCUUGGCCUGACCAGAAAGACAUUAGCAGAAAGAGCCAGUAAAGGCAAUAUUGGUGCCUGGUUUGGGCUUGAGGAUUGAAGAUAAAGCAUGCCCUAAAUGUUGCGCCCAGCACCUGGAACAGACCUGGGGAAGUCACUGCAGACUGCUGAAAUCUGAUCAGAGUCCUCAGCCAGACAGGAGGGAAAAGCCCAGUGGAUGUUUCCCUCUGCGGUGAGACCUGAGUAGUAUUUCUAGUACCUGGGAUUUAAGACACAGUUAAGGCCCAGGACUUCCAGACAUUUCUGCACUCCUGGAUGGUGAUAUCUUUCAUGCCAUUUGCCAAAGGGCAUUUCUGGACAGUAGUUUAGCCUCAUGCAUUUUGUGCAGUCAUUGUCUGCUGUUUCAUUGCAGACUGAAGACUUUGGUGUAUUUUUCUUUUUUUUUUUCCCAUUUAAAAAUGUUCUUGUUUUGACUCAUGACCCAAUGCAUGUUAAAGAAAUACCACAGCACACGACUUAUCUUUUUUCAUGCUUUCUAUUUAUAAAAGGAAAAAUGUCAUAUAUCCCACUUAAGCAUGCAGCUGUAAGAACUCUUUUACAGUAUACAGGAAAAAAUUGUUCUGUGAAUGCACCGUUAGCAGUGUGGCCUUUGUGUACCGCAUUGGAGAGGCAAAUACCGUUGCUGGAAAACACUAUUUUGAUGAUUCUUUACUCAGUUGUAUAGAGCAGUUCAGGAAGAAGGAAUAUUUUUGCAUCGACUUUUCAGCUGACAUAGCAAUAAAGAUUUUUACUUUUGUCUAA